AUGGAUGAACUCAUAAACAACUGGGAGGUCCAACUUAAUUCAGAAGGUGGCUCAAUGCAUAUGUUCAAACAGGUCACUGGUCCUGUUCAAAUUAGAGAUUCCCUUAAGAGAGCAGACAGAGGUAAUAUGACAUCUCCACCACUCCUGGAUGCCAACUCCAUGAAGAACCCGGCAUUGUUAAAUGACAUCAAGAUUGAGCCCCCAGAAGAACUUCUGGCUAAUGAUUUCAACCUGCCCCAGGUGGAACCAGUUGACCUCUCCUUUCACAAGCCAAAGGCUCCUCUCCAGCCUGCCAGUAUGCUGCAAUCUCCAAUACGUUCUCCCAAGCCACAGCCUGCUUCCCAGACUCUUGUAGUGUCCACUUCAACAUCAGACACAGGCAGUUCAGCAAGCAUCCGUACUGUUCUGACUCCAAGCUCUAUCCUGGCCUCAUCUCAGGGCACUGGUGGCCAUCAGAUCUUACAUGUGAUUCACACCAUCCCCUCAGUCAAUCUGCCAAAUAAGAUGGGUAGCCUGAAGGCCAUCCCAGUGGUGGUGCAGUCGCUGCCCAUGGUGUAUACUACUUUGCCUGCAGAUGGGAACCCUGCAGCCAUUACAGUCCCACUCAUUGGAGGAGAUGGCAAAAAUGUUGGCUCAGUGAAAGUUGAGCCCACCUCUAUAUCUCCACUGGAGAUCCCAAGUGACAAUGAAGAGAAUGCAAUUGAGAGUGGAUCCUUACAGGGUAUUCAAGGACUACAGCAAGAACCAGCAGCAAUGACACAAAUGCAAGAAGAGUCCCUUGACUUGAAGAGAAGACGGAUUCACCAAUGUGACUUUGCAGGAUGCAGCAAAGUGUACACCAAAAGCUCUCACCUGAAAGCCCACCGCAGAAUCCAUACAGGAGAGAAGCCUUAUAAAUGCACUUGGGAUGGUUGCUCCUGGAAAUUUGCUCGCUCAGAUGAGCUCACCCGCCAUUUCCGCAAGCACACAGGCAUCAAGCCUUUCCGGUGCACAGACUGCAAUCGUAGCUUUUCUCGCUCUGACCACCUGUCUCUGCACCGCCGGCGCCAUGACACUGUGUAA